AUGUCUGAUAGUGAGUCAGAUUUGGAUGAUGGCAGCACAUCAGGGUUGUCAGGUCAUUGGACUGAUGGUUGGAGCACCGAUUCGGGAGAUGGGGAUGACUUGAACGGGUUGGAGGAACCGCUGACUGAGGAAGGGGAUAUUGGCCAUUCCGACAGUGAAUACGACGGCAGGGAUGGUGGUGGAAGCUAUAUGCAUGCUGCUGUAGAGGAUCAUGCAAACUUCGAGAAUGUCAUGGGUAUACAAUUCAGCUAUCCAGACCCUGUGAUUGCUUCCGUGUUGUUAUCUGUAGAAUUUAAUGGGAUUGGAGAUGCGUAUGCAAGCUAUGUCGCGUAUGCAAAGGGUAUUGGCUUUGCAGUGCGAAAGGGAGAUUCUAUUAAAGACGAGGAGGGGAAUAUUGUUAGAAAGUUUUUCUACUGCAAUCGGCAAGGGCUGCGUGAAAAGAAGCAUUACGAGCGAGUUGAUAGAAAAAGGACUCAUAAACCGGAGAUGAGAACGAAUUGCAAUGCCAAGCUUGUGGUGUUUCUAGACAAAAGUUGUAGGAAAUGGCGAACGAAAACAUUGGUCGAGGAACAUAAUCACGAAUUGGCGCCCCAAGAGUUCACUAAUGUCAUGGCUCCACAUAGGAAGAUCCCAGAAGGGCACAAAGCGCAUAUACAUAGCAUGCAUGAAGAUGGGUUCAAAACAACUCAAAUAAUGGGCUUCUUUGCCCACAUGUGUGGUGGAUAUCAGAAUCUUAACUUCAUUAGUAAGGACUUGUAUAAUUAUAUGGAUGGAGUUAGGCAAUCAAGGAUUGUCGAGGGAGAUGCAGCCGCAGCAAUAAACUACUUGAAGGGCAAGGCUGAGUUGGAUCCGACGGCAGUUGUGCAGUACUCUUAUUGCGCUGAGAAGCACCUUGGGCACCUAUUUUGGUCAUAUGGUAACAUGCAACAUGACUAUGAAUGCUUUGGUGAUGUGUUAGCAUUUGACUCAACGUACAGAAAAAACUUAUAUAACAGACCUCUUGUGAUCUUUUUUGGCACCAACCAUCAUAGACAGACAAUUAUUUUUGGGUUUGGUUUGCUAGAGGACGAGAAGAUUCCGUUCUACAAAUGGUUGUUAAGUAGCUUCUUGGAGGUAAUGAGGCACAAGGAGCCGAAAGUCGUUAUCACAGAUGGCGAUGAAUCCAUGCGAGAGGCCAUUAGAUGUGAAUUUCCUAGUGCGACACAAAGACUAUGCACCUGGCAUCUUGCUCGAAAUGCAGUUGUUAAUAUUAAAGACAAAGAUUUGUGUGCUGCGUUUAAGACUGCUGUGUAUGGUCACUUUGAUAUGGAAGAGUUUGACAGAUAUUGGAUGGACAUGAUCACGUCAUUCGGUUUAGAGGACAACGAUUGGGUCGCAAAGACAUACGAAAAGAGAGAGAUAUGGGCAAAUGCUUAUUUGUGUGAGAAGUUUUGUGCCGGCAUACAAACCACUUCUCGGUGCAAGGGUAUUAAUUCAUCACUUAAGAAAUUUAUCAAGUCUGGGAAUUGCUUACUUAAGUUGGUCGAGAACCUGGAUCGAGUAGUUAAAGAUUACCGGAAUAAUGAGUUCAUUACAGAUUACAAGACUCUUUACUCAAAUCCGGUGUUGACAACGGGUCUUGAAGCAUUGGAAAGAUCUGUGAGCAAGUUCUACACGAGGAAAAUAUUUUAUGAGGUGCAAAAACAGAUUGAGGGAGUUGGGGCAUUGUUAGUGUUGCACAGGGACAGUAUUGGUGGCACGGAGAAGUUCAUGUUCCGAAAGUAUCGAAAGUCUCAUCAUGUAUACUCGGUUUUCGUGGAUAGAAGUUGUGAUAAGUAUGAAUGUUCUUGUAAGUUGUGGGAGAGAUUAGGGAUACCUUGCUGCCAUAUAUUUUGUGUCCUGAAAGAGCUAGAGAAAGAAGAAUUGCCGAGCCGAUUGGUCCUGCGCAGGUGGUGCAAAGAUGCCAAGGUCGCUGAUAGUAGUAGUCAGCAUGCCUCAGUCAAUCCCACAGAUGGAUUUCGCGUUAGAUACGGUGCAUUGUGGAGUGCCUGCCUGUCACUGUGUUUUACAGCCGCGCAAUGCACGAAAACAUACAACACUGCCAUGACAGAGGUGGCCAGAAUGUCGAGGGAGUUUGAAUCUCUAGGUGGCAUAGGACAAAUGAGCAGUCGUGUUCAAGUAGGGGCGGAUGAAACUCAUAUUCUCGACCCAAAGCGCAAUCAGCGCGGGCGACGAUCUGGCUCAAGCAUUCGUGCUAAUCUAUGGUCAUUCAACCAGAACGAUGUCCUUCGCCAGUUGACCCUCGCCGACCGCCACGACCACGGAGUCGAAUUCGUUCCAGAUCGUGAUUGGAGCCAUGUGGCUCUUUACAAGAGCCGCCAAACCUCACUCCGGCAAGUGUGUACUAGUCUGCACGAACCUCCGCCUGUGUACCACAAGCAGACCUACGAAUCCACCACCAAGGGAACUGUUUACAGAUUCCUGGUUGUCGUUCCAACCGACUCGGAGUAUUCCUCUUGCAGUGCGGCCGGUAGAUACUCGACGGACGAACAUCUUGCGCACGCAGCGGCCUUGAUGAGAAAGCUGUUGCAGUUGCAUUCGAUGGUCGUUGAUGACUUCAACCACGACUUGUUAGAGGAGGAGAAACUUGUCCACUAUGAGACCCGCAACGCGCUUGAACGACUUCGUGCACGUUAUCGCAACAUGGCUUCAUCAUUCAGGAAUUAUCGCCGCCUGAAUCACCCUGAGUACAUGUCAUCAAGUUCCGAGUAUGUCUCGGAGUAG